UGUGUGAUUUUUUUUGGUGAUCAUUUUUUGCAUAAAGAAGCUUGAAACAAUGUCUCUAAACAUUUCUGUGAUAUGUUACAGACUACAUUCACCAUCGCGGCUCCUUUAAGAGGAAGGUCCGCCUAGUCCUUAGAGACUCUAAGCUCCUCUACCAAUAGGGCUGUGCCCCAGCGGUCGCGCGGAAUCCCGCAGUCUGGCGUUGGUGCUAAUGAGAACUACAUUUCCCAGCAGCCUUGGCGGCGCUAGGCCAAUGAAGGCCUAGGGAAGGAGCGUUUCCGUUCUUGGGUAAGACGUCGGGGUGGGACUUCCUGUCCCUCUUCAGGCGGACAUUUUAUUUGCUUUUCGAUUAAUCCCCCAGAUCCGCCUCUGGAAUACAGUUUCAGACCGGCGGUGACAGGAAAGGGAAAAACAGAGAGAAGACGCUGUCUUCCCUGAAGAGAGGCAGCCCCGAGGCUCGGAAGUGGUGCUGCCGAGUGACCUGGCUGCUGGGGCGGAUCCUGGACCUCGGAUCCCUUGUUCCCGUACUUGUCUCCCCUUUUCCCUAGUCUGCGAGCCCGAUGGCGGCAGCCGAGUUGAUGGGCCCAGCGCAGGUGGGUUUGUUCCUAGGGCCUCGCCCUGACUUCCAUCUCUGAAUCCUCAAGGGCUCCUUGAGUUACUGCAGCCCAGGCCCUCGUGUCCAGGACAGUGGGGGCACUCAUGGUUGGGUCCCAUUUCUGGCGGCCAGGACCGUGAGUUGUGGAAGGUCGUUGUGGGCAGAGGGACCAGCCCAUGCAAAGGGUCAGAGGUGGGACUCAGCUGGAGCAUUCAGGAAAACUGGGUCUUUGGUACCUGAAAGGAUCAGAGUGUACGAGAAGUAGUCACAUCUGGAAUGUCAAUCUCAGCAUCUGGGUUUCUAUUCUGAGGGUGAUGGGAGCUAUGGGAGGUUCCGAACAAAUGAGAGACACGAUCUGAGGGUUUAGAAAAUAUCCCAUACACUGCCUAGGGGAGAACUGACUUGGGUUGGCCAUGGGAGGGGGGGAGCGGGUAUGAUGAUGAAGGUGAGGGAUAAUUAAGAUUGAGAACUAGUCCGAGGCAACACAGUUGUUAAGAGGUGGUCCUGAAGACUGAGGCACAGAGGGUGGACAGCCCCAGGUCACUUUGUAACGGAGCAGGAAUAUGGGAUAGGCCUAAACUUUUGCGACUCCUUUAUGGUUGCUUGUCUCACAGUUUCCCUCUUCCCACAGGUUCCCAUGAUCUCAGAAGUAAUUAUGGACCCUAUACAGGGGCAGGUGAAUUUUGAGGACGUGUUUGUGUACUUCUCCCAGGAUGAGUGGGAGCUCCUUGAUGAGGCUCAAAGGCUCCUGUACCGUGAUGUGAUGCUGGAGAACUUUGCACUUAUGGUCUCGCUGGGACAGGCAUCUUCCAUGUCUCGUGUAAUUGCCUCACUGGAGCAGGGCAGUGAGCCCUGGGCACCUGACUGGGUAGAUGUGACUCCAGCCAUUGCCAGAGAGACUCUAGGUGGGAGUGGCCCUGGUUGUCAUGGAAUGGAGUAUGAGGAGAUACCUUUUGAGCAGAGCAUUUCUAGAGAAGGAUUGUCACAGAUGAGGACUCCCAAGGAAGGCUCUUCUGCCAAGAAGGUUCACACCUGUGAGACAUGUGGCCUGGUCUUGAAGGAUAUUUUGCACUUGCCUGAGCAUCAGGAAACUUACCCUGGGCAGAAACCGUAUAUGUGUGUGUCGUGUGGGAAACAGCUGUGGUUCAGUACAAACCUUCACCAGCACCAGAAGCAGCAUAGUGGAGAGAGAUCUUUCAGAAGAGGUGACAGCAGGGCCUUUCCUGUUAACAACUGCCCUGUCCAACCGUCAGAGAUGCCUUUUAUGACAGGGAAGGGCUGUAAGGACUUCUCAGCCAACUCAAGCAUUUUCCAGCACCAUGCCCCUCACAGUGAGUGGAAGCCACACGGUAAUACCAAGGGUGAGGAGGCCUUUCACAGUGGACAAAGACAUUACAAAUGCAGUGAAUGUGGAAAAGCCUUUAGCCGCAAAGACUCACUUGUUCAGCACCAGAGAGUCCACACUGGAGAAAGGCCUUAUGAGUGUGGUGAAUGUGGGAAAACCUUUAGCCGCAAACCUAUACUUGCUCAGCAUCAGAGAAUCCACACUGGAGAAAUGCCUUAUGAGUGUGGCAUAUGUGGGAAAGUUUUUAAUCAUAGCUCUAACCUUAUCGUACACCAGAGAGUACACACUGGAGCAAGACCUUACAAAUGCAGUGAAUGUGGGAAAGCCUACAGCCAUAAAUCCACACUUGUUCAGCAUGAGAGUAUUCACACUGGAGAAAGGCCUUAUGAGUGCAGUGAAUGUGGGAAAUACUUUGGUCACAAAUACAGACUCAUUAAACACUGGAGUGUUCACACUGGAGCAAGGCCUUAUGAGUGCAUUGCAUGUGGGAAGUUCUUUAGCCAAAGCUCUGACCUCAUUGCACACCAAAGGGUACAUAAUGGUGAAAAGCCUUACGUGUGCAGCGAAUGUGGAAAAGCCUUUAGCCACAAACAUGUACUUGUUCAACACCAUAGAAUUCACACAGGAGAAAGGCCAUAUAAAUGCAGUGAAUGUGGGAAGGCCUUCAGGCAAAGGGCUUCCCUCAUCCGCCAUUGGAAAAUUCACAGUGAAGAAAGGCCUUAGUAUAGGAAAUACGCCAUCUCCUUGUUCAACACAACUCACACCACAGAGAAGCUUCAGGAGUAGCUAUGUGUGACCAUCAGCCAGAAGUCGAACUUAAUACAUUCGAACAUGUACCCUGAGGAGAUUCUUCUGAAUGUCAGCUAUGUGGGAAGCAUUCUGGGGCUAUGUUGCAUUUUCUAAAUUGCCCAGGACCCUUGCUGGAGUUAUAUCACUGCCAGUGCCUCUGACAGAAGCCAUCUAUCUUUGCAUUGUUCAGUCCUGCACAGUGUAUAGGUCACCUCAGCAUGCUUCACAAGGCAGACCUUUGUACUUGUCCUUCCCCUAGAGGGAUUGUCAGUAGUCUGAGCCCAUUGAGAGUUCUCACACCCUCCUUCCCCCUGGCUGGUUUAAGCAUGAAUGUGAUGACUGUGACCCAGUUUUGUCCAGGAGGAUGGGAUCUUUGUUCUACUGGCCACUUGUAGAAAAAGUUUCUUUUCUUCUUGGACUUUGUUAAUCUCAUGUGGCACUUGUGGUGGAUUUAUCCAGCCUCUAAGAUAUCUAACCUGCAAUUACCUGCCUCAUAUUUUUCUGGUUUUGCAACAGAUGCCUUAAUUUAUAGACUACCUUUAAUCUUGGGGAUUCUGUUCACUUUAUGGGUUGGAUUGAAACAGAAUUGAGCUAAGCCAAUAUAAAGGCAUGACCAGCUUUUGUGAGAGCUGCAACAAUUUGUGUCUCAGAGAAUAGCUUUUGUUCUAGUGUCAGCAUAACUUGCAUUGCUGCUUAAACUCUCUUAGGGAAGAAUACCAGUCUUCAUGGGCCUAAUCUUGUGGUCGAUAUGCCAAGACUAUUUGUGUGACUGGGGUCACCCUAAACAUUGGGUGUGUGUUGUGAAUCUCUAGAGUAUCUGGGAGCAACAUGAAUUGGGUCCCUUGUUCCCAGGGGAUUUUUCAUAUUCCCCAGGCCUCUUGAGUAAGCCUUGAUCCCCUGGGACCUGCCCAGCUUCCUGAAAUUUAUUAUUCAAUAGGCAGAUGUUACUGGCUCUCCUAUAAAAGGCCGAGGUAGGAAUUAUAAUUGGUACAGAGACACUAAUUAAUAGGGAGUUGGGAAACUGCCACAAACUAUGGGGAACUGACCAUUCUAAAGGUGUAUCUGCACAUGUUUCCAUUACUAUGGCUUUGUUAUAAAGGUUUAUAUAAAUUCUCAGGACUCCUAUACCUGUGUUUCCUAUGGCUAAAAUCACUGUCAGAACAGUUAAUCUAAAUAUUUCCUGCAAUAAACUGUACAUAUUUGUAGUGUACAGUUUGAUAAGUUUUGAAACACAUUUGCACCUAUAAUACCAAAAUUUUCCUGAUUCCCUUUAUAAUCUCUCCCUCCCUCUCACCCAUCCCUAGAUAACUACUGAUAUGUUGUCACUGUAGUUUUGUUUGCAUUUCCUAGAAUUUUAUAUGUAGAGAGUAAUUUAAUAUGUACUCUAAUAUAUUUGGUUUCUUUAACUGUAUAUAAUUAUUUAGUGAUUCAUCCUGUUCUGUGUUUCAAUAGUUUAUUUCUUUUCAUUUAAGAGUAUUCCACUGUAUAAAAAUAGUUCCAAAACAAGUGAUCCAGGAGAGAACUCAUAUAAUAACCAACCCAUAGUAUCUGUCAUUACCUAAACAUGGUAGUUUUGUGCCCUCAUUUCUUAUAUAUUCCAUAGGUAACUCUGAGCUAUACAAAGGUAAAAAAUACAAGGAGGUAGGAAUUUGUAGGGAGUUUUCUUGGACUUUGGUGACCAUAAUCAUAUAUUUUUUUCUUUAUUUUUUUUAUUUUUGAGACAGAGUCUCACUC